UCUCUCAGAGAUUUUAACCUAACAUUAUGUAAAACUGCCAGUAAAAAUUCUGCAGAAUUUCAUGAAGUAAUUUUAAACAGGAGUUUCAGUACUUUUUAGUUUGUGAAACACGUUUCAAUUAAAGCUUGUUUCUAAACAACUAGCACAAAACAUGUUUGGAAACUAAUUAAAAGGGUGGAUUUAAUAAAAGGUGCAAAAUAUGAAACGGUAAAGGAAAAAAUAUUAAUGCUGGAGCAAUUGUUUCAAACAGUUUAAAACACAAUAGACUUUUUAAAUAUGAUUAAUGUUUCGUGCAACAAAAGAUUCUGAAGGUUUUAGUAGUAACUGGUCUUGUGAUUAUUCUCAAAAGGAGCAAAACAUACCUCCGGCGGGGAUGAAACUCCACCGAUUCCUGAAGAAGAACUGGAACAACAGAAAAUUGAACAUGAGCGUCAAAUGCAGAAGCUAAUUAACGUUAAGGAAAAAGAAUGUCAAGCCAGAGAAGCGGAGGAGGUUCGGAAAUUGGAUAUAAAGCUGCUGCAUCAACGAGCCAUAGAAAAAGAGGAGGAACACAAAAGAGAGAUAGCAGAAGCAGUUGAAGAGCUACGCGGACUAAACACAUCUUGGUCACAUCACAGACUAUGCGAUCUACAAAGACAAGCCGCGAGGUGGCACCACAGUCGACCGUCGAUACCCGAUACCAAACACUACAGAAAUGCAUUGAAGAAAGCCUGCAGCGCCCAAUUAACACAGCCGCAAUCUAGUCACAGCAUUAGUGACAAUGAGGGUAUUUCUAUCAACCUGUCAAGACUAAGCUCUUGUAGAGGGGAAUCUAUAGAUAGUUACGGAUGCUGUGAAACGCCUUACUGUGUAAGUGUAGAAGAAUCGCGUACUUGGAGAGCCUCUGCUAAUGAUGUUACUCCCAAUGAGAAGAGAGAACUUGUCAAAACGACAUCAUGUAUAGGAUGCCGCGCUCCUAUCGCUUCUCUUGAUUGUAUGGAUGAAUUCAGCGCAAAUUCACAGCAAAUGCUGGACCAAGCUGGAGAAAUGCAUGUUUCCAAAAAUAUGUCAGUUUAUAUGGGCAAUCAUGCUAGCAUGCCAUCUUCUGUGACUCCAGGGCUACGGUACAAAAAUUUGGGAAAGUCUGGACUUCGAGUACCAAAUAUAGGGCUUGGUCUGUGGACAAUGUUGAAUGAGGAUUGCGCUGAAGAUAUAAUCAUGACAGCUUUAGAGAACGGCAUUAAUUUGUUUGACUUGUCAGAAGCACAUUGUGGUAAGUUUUUUAUAUUUGAAUUUCUUGCCUGCAUGAGGGAUAAAGGCAUGAAACAAGUUUGUCAUUGGACAGCUAGAGGAGAAGUAGAAUUGGGACGUAUUUUAAAGAAGAGGAAUGUAAGACGAACAAGCGUCAUAAUAACCACCAAAAUAUAUUGGAGCACUAAGUUUCCUCAUGCUAACAGGUCCGAUGAAAGAGGUUUAUCUAGAAAACAUAUCGUUGAGAGCAUUAAGGCAUCUUUACAAAGACUUCAAAUAGAUUACAUUGACGUGGUCCUGCUCCACAAAACUGAUCCGGUUUGCCCUAUGGAAGAGUUGGUACGUGCUAUGAAUUUUGUAAUAAACCAAGGAUGGGUUAUGUACUGGGGAACAGCUCGUUGGUCUCCUUCUGAGAUCAUGGAUGCGUACACAAAUUGUAGACAGUUCAACUGUGUAACGCCUAUUGUCGAACAGACCGAAUAUCAUAUGUUCUGUAGAGAGAAAGCAGAACUUUAUAUGCCUGAGCUAUAUCACAAAAUCGGCGUGGGGAUGAUAGCUUGGUCUGCGAUUACCACUGGAAAGGGACUUGGUCGUGAGGAAAUAACAGGUUUAUUUGCAAAAUCCCGUUUCAAUAGAAAAUAUAGUACAUUCAGUUGGUGUGAAGAGGACCUUGCAGUACCUGAUGUCAGCGAGAUGCGGAUUUCCGGUAGCAAAGAACAAGUUGCAGGAGAAGAGCCACGCACUUAUGGCGAUAAACUUCGUGACCUUGCUAAUUUAGCAAACACAAUGAAUUGUUCCAUGAGCCAAUUGGCAGUUGCAUGGUGUCUUAAGAAUGAAUCCGUUAAUUGUUUGUUACUGGGUGCUUUUAGUGUUGAGCAAUUUAAAGAAAAUAUUCAUGCUUUGCAGAUCGUUCCUCAGCUAACUCCAUCUGUAAUGGUGGAAAUCGAGCGACUUUUGUCCAAUAAGCCACAACGUCCUCCAAUGGUAUCAACGCUUGCAAUGCGCAAUCAACAGAACAGUAAUACUGUCAGAAUCGAUAUGACUGGAGCUUCUACUUCUGGAGCUGGAACCCCAAAGCCCGAAGGAGAGGCUGCUGAAGCCGAGGCGUCUUCUCCCACCAAAGAGUCAGGGCGUGGAUUUUGUGAGAUUCAGUGACCGUGGUGGCGCGGAAGCACUGAGUCUGCUUCCAAAUCUAGUAAGUCAAAGGAAUCACUUAAGGACAACAAGCCGAAAUUCUUUUUGAAUAAUGCCGGUGAAGUGAUCAGACGUGUAGAACAAGAUGGUGUAGCCACUGAUGUAGUCAUAUCAGUCUCUUCGUUAAAAGGAAAGCAGCCCGCCUCCGGUGGCAGUAAAGUUAAGAAGUCGAAAUCGGAGACAGCAAGACCCAGGUCCUCUUCACUCCAAAGAUCAUCUUCGGGACAACUCUCAGUAGCAAGAGACAGGCGUCGGUCACGAUUCGACUUAGCAUCUCCAGCAGAUUUGUAAUUCUGAAGACACAGUUGUAUAAUUGUAACGAUACUGGUCCUUCUAAACUUAGGAUGUGUAUAUAGUAAAUGCAUUGGUACGUAGGAAUGAACGUGUAAAGUUCUGAAUUGUUAAGUUUUUCAAUUUGAUGCUCUAUGAUCUAUGAUUAUGGUAUUGUUGAAACUCCUUUAAUAAUAGUGCUCUUUGAAAAUAGCACACAAUGUAUCUACGAGUUCGUAAAUAUAAUAUUAGGACAAAUUAUACCGUAUUAUUGGUGUCGUAAAUGUUGUCAGAAAUGUCGGUGCAAGGCACUUUGAAGCUAACUGCAAGUUAGUUUCUUAAAUUUCGUAGACAUAUUUAUGUAAAGAUUUCAACUUUCAUAGAUAAAUUGAAUAUUCCAAUAGAAUGUUUAGUUCAAUAUUGAUAUUGUCAAAUUAUUCUAUGUACAUACAUAUGGUAUAGAGGAAACACAUGAUUUAUGAUAUAAACAAUUAAUGUAAAAAAAUUGGUGUUAGCUGCACAGAGAUUUGAUGAGCACAUGUUAUGUAAUAAAGGUUAGUAAAUUAAUUGUUUAUAAGAUCGUAAUUAUGGAACACCAAGUAGAAAAUUGUUAGUAAAUGUUUAACAUCUGUAGAUACAAUCGUUACGGAGCCAUGGAGUGUCUAAGAAUGUAUAGAGCUGUAGCCGAGUUCCCUUAUUUAUAUGUGUUUGUCAAUUUUGUUAUUCCAUAACUGUAGUUAACACAGUUCAAACGUAGCUCACGUCACACGUAUUUCUUUUUAAAUUCAAAAUAUGAUGAUCGACGUAGAAUUUUGUUGCGAUAUCACCAGAAUGUUUUCAAGGAAUACAAUUUUUGUUUUAAAUACACACGUUGAGCCUAAUUUUGCUUACGUUUUAAAAUAUAUUGUUUUAUAAGUAAUAUAGUUUAAAAUUUAACGCAAACGUAUAUUUUGGUCCAUUAUACUGUUGAUCAAGACAUUGUCUGUAUUUUAUAUCAAUUGUAUGUAUUCUUUUUAUUUUAAUUUUAAAAUUUUAAAAUGUGGUUAAUAAAUAAUUUCUAUAUUUUGAGCCAGUUUCAUCGUGGAUGAUGCGAAAUUGACGGCAUGAUUGUAAGAAAAUGAUUCCUUUGAAUACUAAUUAAGGAAGCUUAGUUAUAUAAGAAAAUGUAAAAUUUAAUGAGUACCGCUUCCAACUGCUUGCAUAAAUUAAUUUAAAAGUUUCUGGCUUAAAUUUAAAUAUCGAUCUAUAGCUUGAUUCAUAAAUUUAUCAUGAAUUCGUUUUUAUAAAAAAAAAAACUGUAAAGAAAGUUUUAAAAAAAUAAAAUCUCUAAGCAAGCUUAUACUAAUUAGCUAAGAAGAUUUGAAAGGAUAAAUAGAGUUUUUAAGUAGUCUUGCCAAUAAUAUUUUUUUUUAAACUUCAAGUAGAGUUUUAGAGAGCUCCUCCCACCACUAGUACUUUUGCAUUAAGAAUAAUAAAAAAAAUAUUAUAUUGAUCGUAAAUUGGUAUUCAUUUGAUGAUUAUGGUUAAUUUAAUAGGCAUUAUAUAGUUAAGAAAUUAUGUAUCUAAUUAUAUAUGGAUGUAAUGGCGUCUUAGUCGAACGGAAAAUUUUGAUUCUUAAUUGUUCAACAGUGUUGUGGAGUUGUUUUUUCAUAAACAGUGCCAUAAGAUUUAGCGGUAAUAAAUUAUAUUUAAAUAAUUUAUUGUAUAUAUCAAAUACAUAUUAUUGUAAAUUUAAUAACCUUUAUUUAAAAGCAAUUUUGAUUUAAAAUUGUUACAGUUGUUAUUUAUAUAUUGUUAAUUAAAUUGGCAAAAUAAUAUUUUUGUAUUUAUAUGAAACUAGCGAUUUAUAUAUAUUAAAAUGAUAGUUUUUAAUCACGCAUUCGCGGUUUUUAUAUCACUAGCAAUUAGAACAAUAGAAUGACAUUAUAACAUAAAUGCUAACAUCACAAACGUAAAUAAAAAUUAUUAAAGCAAAAAUUUGACAUAGCAUUUAUGUAAACAAUAUAUCAACUUAUUAUAAGCCAGAAAUUUAAAAUCACUAAUAAAGCACGAUGUUUUAUAUAAAA